CGUAAGGUAAAAAAUGAUAUGUGACGGAAAUACGUGUCCUGAGAAAUACGUAGAUGAAACAUUUUUCGGACAGGGUACCUGUGAUUCUGACAAAGAUGAAUUUAUACAAAAUUUGAAACACGAAAAGUGCAAAAUAAUUCAGUUAAUUCGUCGACAAAUGCGUAAAUUUUAUGAUACUCAAUACAAAGCAUCUUCAAUAUCAAAUGGUUGGCAAACAAGAUACAUGCAAGAAUCGCCAAAUAUGUCACAUAUAAUAAAGCGCGAAGUGAAUAUAACAGAAGAUACGAAUAAAGAAGCAACUGAUGUACCGAGAAGGAGUACAAUGUCAGAUGGUCAAGUAUUGUGUCUGCGUACCCUGGGAAAAAUUCGAAAAAAUAUUUGUAUGACAGUUUUAAUUGCUGGAAUCAUCAUACUGAUGGCAGUGAUUUACGGCAUUUAUUUCCGCGCUUAUCUUUGCAAUAAUGGGAAAUCUUGCAUCACAUCCCUUCAGUACACUCACGUUAAACAUGCAUUAUUUUAAGUAUGCACGACAAACACGAGAG